CAGAGCUUUGCACUGCUUUGCAAUAGUUUUCGUAUACAGAAUUUAGAGCUUCAUAUGCACAAAAGCGUGACGGGCAGAAUCGAAGAGACUGCGUACUGCAAUACUUAGUUUACACUCUCCGCCGUGUAGUUGGCGUUUGGCAUGUGCUGUCAUCCGCACCGAAGGUGUUAAAUUUUAUAAAUCCGUCUCUAGCGAUAUUAAAAAAAGUCCAACAAUGUUGGGGAAAAUCAAAACGAAACAAGAGAAAGGAGAAAUAAUCGCAUAUAGUGAAGCAGCAGUUGUAAACAAUGCUGCAGUAGUGGAAUAUUGUAGGAUAUCAAUGGCAGCAUUAUCAGGUGGCACAGCUGGGUUAUUAGGAUUAACUGGACUCUGUGGCUUUGGCUUCUAUAUUUUUGCAGUAUUUGGAUUAUGGGCGAUGCUAUUACUAAAAGCUGGUGGUCAAUGGAAAAAAUAUUUUAUAAGUAGACGGAACCUCUUAACUAAUGGAUUUUUCGGAGGCCUUUUUACGUAUGUACUGUUCUGGACAUUUUUAUAUGGUAUGGUGCACGUAUACUGAUUAAAAGGAUAUUUAGAUUUAAGGAUUUAUAUAUAUUUUUUAACUAAAUAUGUCGUUAACUAAUUAAAUAUAUCACAAUCGAUUGCCAGUUACUGGUCAGAGUAAUAAUAUUGUUAUGAAGCACUAUGCGAUUUAUUGUAUAUGUCUGUACAUGUGACACUUUCAAAAAUACAUUUAUUUCAUCUGUUC